AUGGUGUUUUCAGGUUACCUCCUCUCCUUAGAUAGAGAAAGGGAAGUUCAGAUGAGCGAAUCGAUUUCCUCCGCCACCUCCUUCAUAGACGGCCUGUUCUGCCGCUUCUCCUCCAGGCACCCCACCGCCAGGAAUGCCAGCGCCUUCAUCGUCUCCACCUGGAGCUCCCCUGCCCCUUCCCUCAGCCCCGGGUCAAUUGCCUCCAUGACCCUCUCCUCGUCCACCAGCCUCCUCACGUACAUCGCCAAGUUCACAUCGUCCGGUUCCCUGCAGAAAUCUAUCGCCCUCUGGGCCGUCAAGAGUUCCAACAAAACCACCCCGAAGCUGUACACGUCGCUCUUAUCCGUUAACUGGUACCCGAGCGUCCCCUGCGCGCACGUCGUGACGUGGCUCACGUCCGCCUGCGCCAGCCUGGACAGCCCGAAAUCCGAGACCUUCCCGUUGAGCUUCUCGUCGAAUCUGCGGGACCGCGGACGAGUGGAGGUAUGCGAGCCCGUCGGCCGUGUCCCGCGCAAUGCUCAAGCGGCGGGUCCAGGAGAGGAGCCCGCGGCGGGUGGGGUUCGUGAGGUGGUCCGAGAGGGCACCAUUGGGGAUGUACUCGUAGACAAGAAGGGGCUGGUCGAGCUCGACGCAGCAGCCGAGGAGGCGGACGAGGCUGCGGUGGUUGACCUGGCAGAGUAUGCGGACCUCGUUCAGGAGCUGGUCGGUGCCCUUGGGGUUGCCGAGCUUGGCGCACUUGACGGCGACUGUUGUGGUGGUGGUGGUGGUGGUGGUGGGGUCGUCGAGGAGGAGGAUGGCGCGGUAGACCUCGCCGUAGCCGCCGGAGCCGAGGAGGUUGUCGCGGGAGAAGUUGUUGGUAGCACGUUUGAUUUGUUUGCCGGUGAAGAGUUUGGCGGUGGCGCCGCCGGAGUUGAGGAUGAGCUGGCGCUCGCGGGCGAUGCGGUUCUUCUCGUCGCGGAUGCGUCGGUGGCGUUUGUAGGCGAGGAAUGCGAUGAGGGUUGA